AUGUCCGAUAACUCCGCACUUGAAAAGCAGACAAUACGGGAGAGAUGUUCCGGGUCCGGCCGAGGCAACAUUGGACCUGAUAGGAACCGAGACCGAAUCAUGGAUACCCCAACUCUGUCUGAGAGAAACGGGGUAAAGAAGAGUCAGGAAGACCAUCACAUCGGUGAUGAGCAAGGAGAACGGCGUCUCGAGUCUGACCGCGUGGCCUACGCAAAGGCCAAAAAGCUCAUGUACAAGAUUACCAUGUCCGACAACAAUGCCCGCCCAAGAAUGCCACUAUGGUCGCGAAAUCUGGACCGUAUAAUCUCGAAGAAAGGCAAUUCCGACGGCAAGCCCUGCGCAAACUGCAAAGGCCAAGGUCACCAAGUAGCUGGCUGCAUCACGACUGUGCACGGAUUCAUCAACGCCUGCUUCUUCUGCGAGAAAGACGAUCAUCGUACCGACGACUGCGACACGUUCAAGCAGCUGUCCCUAGCGGAAAAGGUCAAGUUGUUUGUAACCAUGCGGGCUGGUAUGCCUGGGCUGGCACCAUGGUGGAAUCUCCUGUACGAGUUCCUCGAAGCAAAGGAGACAAAGGAUAUCCCUCUCCCGACUGGCUUCCCCUGGACAGCGAAGUUUGCGAUGGAGGUGUUUGAGGGCAAACGCGGGAAGCAAGUUGGGGAGGUCCAGACGGACUUUGAUACGACGAAGGAUCCGAAGGUGUUGCCGGUGGACACAAAAGUCCGGUCGCUCCCUGAUGUCUGGAGCUACUACUGGUUUUACGAAAAUCGCCCAUUCCCUCAUCGCGCUCAUAUCCCACGCCCUUGA